AUGGAAAAGGAGGUGCAGAAUGCUACUCGUAGCACAGUCACAGCGCUAGCUGCUUUGUCUAGCAACAAUGAUUUGGAUGAGAAGGUUCACAACGAAAACCUCGAUCAAUCACACAGUUCUAAUUCUGCUUCUUCCAAAUAUCCGUUCGAUACUCCGACCGUAAAAACUGUGGUCAAUACCAAUCAUAGCAAUGAUCUCGAAUCCGGCCAAGAAACUUCUUCCAUCCAAGAAGAAUCCGCCGAAGAUGCCAACAUCGUAUCCUGGGAUGGGCAGUCAGACCCCGAAAACCCAAUGAACUGGCCCUCGUGGCGACGCUGGGUACUUAUCAAUCUCGUUGGUUUUAUCACUCUGAUGGCGGGUCUUAGCUCAUCCAUGUUCGCUCCUGGAGUCCCGGCCUUAAUGGCCGAAUUCCAUUCGGACAAUUCUACACUGGCAUCGUUCGUGGUGACCGUAUUCGUCCUCGGGUUUGCAACGGGUCCAUUAUUAUUUGCCCCAUUAUCUGAGUUGUAUGGAAGGACGAUUGUCCAACAUAGUGGCUGCAUUGGAUUUGUUAUCUUCUCCGUUGCCUGCGCACUAUCUACCAGUCUGAAUAUGUUGAUUGGGAUGCGACUACUGCAAGGCAUCUUUGCCGCUGUGCCACUAACGAACGGCGGUGCCAUUGUUGCAGACAUGAUCAGGCAGGAGAAGCGAGGAUUCGCCAUGGCUAUGCUGACUCUUGGGGUCUUAAUGGGGCCAGUUAUUGGACCUGUCACAGGCGGUUUUUUGGCCGCGGCAAAAGGCUGGAGAUGGGUAUUCUGGUUGAUAGCGAUAGUCAUGGGUUUCCUCACCAUUCUCUGCUUCAUCUUCUGGAAAGAAUCUUACGCCCCUAUCAUCCUAGCCCGCAAAGCUGCCCAUCUCCGCAAACAAACGGGCAAUCAAGCCCUCCGCUCUAAAUAUGACAUCGGUCUCUCACCUCGAGCCCACCUAAAACGAGGCAUCGGCCGAGCCGUCAAGAUGCUCCUCUUCUCACCCAUCGUCCUCGCUCUCUCGGUUUACAUGGGUCUCAUUUACGCAUAUUUCUACCUCCUUUUCACAACCUUCACCCCCAUCUUCGAAGAGAACUACCACUUCCCACCAAGCACCGUCGGCCUCAGCUACCUGGGCGUUGGCGUCGGGUUCUUGAUCGGGCAAGCCAGCUUCGCCAGACUCGGCGACAUCAUCCUAAAGAAAUGCGCAGUGAGAUUUGGUAAAGGGGAUCUAAAGCCGGAGUAUAGACUCCCGUUGUGUUGUCUCGGUUCCGUCUUUGUCCCUAUUGCGCUGUUUUGGUAUGGGUGGAGCGUGGUCGGGCAUAUGCAUUGGCUUGUUCCCAUCGUUGGAACGGGGCUCAUUGGGUUGGGCAAUGCUUUGAUUUUUAUCGCAAUUCAAGCCUACGUUGUCGACGCCUUCACUCUCUACGCUGCUUCUGCGCUCGCAGCAAACACACUCACGAGAUCGGUCAUGGCCGCUGUGCUACCGCUUGCCGGCCCGAAAAUGUAUAAAGCGCUUGGUCUCGGGUGGGGCAACUCGUUGCUAGCUUUCUUGGCACUGGCGAUGAUUCCGGUGCCUUGUUUAUUGAUGGUGCAUGGAGAGAAGAUGAGGAUGUGGAAUGUGGAGAAGAUGAAGAAUUUGUGA